GGAAGUUUAUCCCUGGCGGCUAUAAAGACACUUCCUGUCAGCUUCCUUCCAAGAAACAUUUAGAAAUGUUCAUGGGAUGAUGCAGCGGCAUAUAGGAAGGUACUAGUAAAGAAGGGCCCAAGAUGAACUACGUACCUGGGACAGCUGGUCUCAUCGACGAGAUCGACAAAAAACACCUGGUUCUCCUACGAGAUGGCAGAACACUGAUCGGGUUCCUCAGAAGCAUUGACCAGUUCGCCAAUUUGGUUUUCCAUCAGACAGUUGAACGCAUCCACGUGGGGAAGAAGUUUGGUGACAUCCCCAGAGGAAUCUUCAUUGUGAGAGGAGAAAAUGUGGUGCUUCUUGGCGAAAUAGACAUGGACAAACCAUGUGACACAGUCCUGCAGCAGGUUUCCAUUGAGGAGAUCCUGGAGGAGCAGCGACUAAAACAGCAAACCAAACAGGAGACCGAGAAGGUCAAGAUGCAGGUUCUGAAAGACAGAGGCCUCUCUAUCCCCAAAGCAGAUAACUUGGAUGAAUACUAACGGUGUAAACCCCGUCAGUUUGUAUCAGAAUGAUAUCUUAGUUGACUUUAAGAGAGCAUGAUUUUAUGAGCACUAGGCAGCGUUAUGAUUUGCCUCCUUACUGUAGAAUUUAAUUUAAAUUAUCUGCUCCGUUUCACAGACCAAUGGCCGCAAAACACGACAUGGAUCACUCUGGUAGCAGUUAUUUUACAGCAGCACUUUGUAUUACUCAGUCACGCCCAUUGUUUUAUUUGGAGAUGUAAAGACCCGCUAUUGACUUGCAUCAAAUGGCUAUGCUGCAUUUCAAUUUUCUUUUUUUUAACCAUUGCUUGUUUACGUUCCUAUACAAAUGGUAGCUGGCAAUUCUAAGAAUAAACUACCAUUCUGUAAAAUGUC